AUGAGUCAAAAACGACCAUUUGAUGAAGGUCCUUUGCUUUCUCCACCAUCAACUCCGUUUGAGAAAAAGAAAAAAACCAAGGAUGAGUUCAAGAAAAUUGUAGAGAUUCUAGAAGAAGAUGAGAAGCUCAUUUGCACUUCGGAGAUCCAUCAUAAUUACAAAGCAGAUUUCAAACUAGAGAAGAUCACGAAGUCAGACCAGACGCCGACGCCAUAUGUCAUUUGCCGGAGCCAAUUUUGCACUAAUGCUGAAUACAAACAUAAGGUUUUCUUUGGCAUUCGAGGCAAUUUGGCGAAAGCGAACCAUGCGACUGACUACUACGUGAAACGUCACAUCCAAGAACACCAUCAUUCAACCGCAACCGACGCCGAAGAGCUUGAGGAAAUCGCCGCAGAAGUUGUUGCAAACGAUGGUCUCUCGAUUGGUGCUUUUGAAACCGAAACGAUGAAGAAAUUUUGCGCAAGGGCUCAUCAGGCAAUAGCGAAUGGAAUAAGCAGUCACAAAAUUGUGAAGAUUCUCAGGCGCAAAAGUACCGUUUCCAAUGGUAUCGUCAAGUCAAAGCUGCCUGGUCUUAUCCAGGAAAACAGAUGCUGCUUGGUCCUUGAUGGGUUCGAUUGCCCUCGGCUAACGAAAGAAAGAAGUAGCAAAUACCUCGGGGUCUUCAUCGGGUUCUACGAUUCGAACCUGCGAAAGACUCGAUUUUUUCUUCUUCACUACGGGGUCAUCUUCAAAGCAACUGAUGCGAAUGUACGUCGACAACUAGAAAACGUCCUCUCGGAUUGGAAUAUCCUCGACUUUUUUCACGCAAAACGACUUCCAGUUGUCGGAGAUGCGCCGAUGGCUCAGGCCUUCUCUGACUAUUUUGCCGUUGUCUGUGCAAGCCACACGAUUUCGAAUCAGUUAAAAAGAUAUAUUACCCUUGUCCAGAGCGAUGCAAUCGUCGGCGAUAGCUGUGUCGAAAUCGAGAAAGCUGUCUCAGCAUGCAAUCAUCGAGCUGAACGAGACGACUGCUCCGAGAAAUCCUUCAAUGAUCUAGUGAAAAGCUACACUCCAACUGAAGAUGAGCUCAAGCACAUCAGGCAAUUCUACCCGAAUUACGACAAAUUCGUUACGAUCGACAGGAUCUACUACAUCAGAUUCAGAUCUUUCAUCACGACGUACAAGCAGCUCAUGGCAAACGAGCCUCUUCUUCGUCGUCAUCAGAAGUACCUGACCGACUCAAAGUCGAUCACACACGAAAUCGACUGGAAGCUUGUUCAUUACCUCUACUCAGUCUCUCAAGUCUUCGAGCCUGCUCUGGCGUCCACCGACUCGGAUCACUUCUCGGUUGGAGACACCCUGGCAAAACUGUUCGACUUGCUGAAAUUUUUGCUUCAAGUUGAUCCGGCUGACUUCAAGGAAAUCCACCAGGAGCUGAUUCUGACCGUAGCAGACUACAUUUUCGGUGCAAACAUCACUGGAAGGAAGCCAUCGAGAGGAUCCUACAUCAAAUCGAGAGCAAAUCCAGCUGCUUUGGUCGGGCUCUCCCUUGACUUCUUCAGCCGCCACUUCGAAUUCACCUUGAUCCGUAACCGACUUGACGACGCCUUUGAGAAGGAUUCGUUCAUCACCCAGUCUACAUACAACACCCUCAACACUUGCUUUGAUACUGCAGUUCCUGUCUGGAAGGAGACAGUGCGCAAAACCUUCUUUGACCUCGCCGAGCAAACCAAGCCAAGCGAAGAAAUCUUUAUUCUUGUUCCUGUUGAAAACCAGCAACAGACGACACCAUCGGCAGCUACUUCAUCACAGCCAAAGACGUUGACUCCUCCAAGCUCGCAGGAGCGCGCUCCGCCGACUCCUCCAUCUUCUCAAGCAAAGUCGACUUUCGAGGAAGAAAUGGAGCAAUAUUCAAGCGACGAGGAUGAAUGCGAAAAAUCAUCAACUGAUGAGUUCUCUGCAUGGUUCAAAAAGGAGAACAAGACGGAGCGCAAAGAAAGCGUCAAAAGAUACAAGCAAUGGUUGAACCAGCUCGAUCCCCAGUUCAAGACCUCCGCCAGUACCGCUGAACGAAGUUUGAUGUAUUUCACACAUCACGCUGGAACUUACCCGACAUUCGCCAGAAUCGCACAACUCGUACGCUCAACUCCUGGCUCAAGCGGCAGCAUCGAACGUCUCUUCUCAAAAGCGAACGAUAUCAUGUCUUCAAAACGCAACUGCUUGAACACCAGUACUGUUGAACUCAUUCUACAAGUGUCUUCUUAUCCAAAUGUACAGAAUCUAUUUGAAUAA